UCAUUUCCACAACUGUUUUAUUGAGAUUGAGUUUAUUUCAUUAGUGAUAUGUUCUCCUCAGUAAAAAAUUCCUUGAUUUACUUACAUCUCCUCAAAUAUUCACUUCAAAGUACUUAACAGGAUUACCUGUUAGAUUAGUUUAAAUUCAUAGAAAAUUAGUUAUACUGAACUUGUUAAAUUUUAUACUGUACUUGCUAAAUUUUUACCACAUUCUAUACAUAUGGCAUUCCGUGAUGAAACCAGUUUAAAUCCUCCUACUACUACCACCCUUCAGCCUACAAUUCAGUGGCAUCCCUCAACAGCUGACAUCGAGGAUCUAGCAACAGAACCUAAAAAAUUGCCCUUCCCAUUGUCAACUUUGGCAACAAUUAAGGAUGAUACAAUUGGCACGAUCAUUGCUAGUGUAGUGGGUGGGGCUCUCUUCAUAGUACUUGUAAGUGUUUUGGCUGGAAUAUUCUGCUAUAGGAGAAGACGAACGUUUCGCGGAGACUACUUUGCCAAAAACUACAUUCCACCAUCAGAUAUGCAAAAAGAAUCACAAAUAGAUGUUCUUCAACAAGAUGAGCUUGAUUCUUAUCCAGACAGUGUAAAAAAAGAAAACAAAAAUCCAGUGAAUAAUCUAAUACGUAAAGACUAUUUAGAAGAGCCUGAAAAAACUCAGUGGAACAAUGUAGAAAAUCUCAAUAGGUUUGAAAGACCCAUGGAUUAUUACGAAGAUCUAAAAAUGGGAAUGAAGUUCGUCAGUGAUGAACAUUAUGACGAAAAUGAAGAUGACUUAGUUUCACAUGUAGAUGGUUCUGUAAUUUCUAGGAGGGAGUGGUAUGUUUAGCAACCACUAAAUGUGACUUAACCACGUACAAUAUUUCAUUCAUACUAGUUGAUCAUUUUCAGAUUGUUCAUACUUUUUCUUGAGGAAGAAUAAGCUUUUUCGAGUUGAUUUUCAAGCUUUUUAUAUUCUAAUCUGACAAAUGAAAAUGUAAAAUCUGGGUUCAAUGUAUCUAAGCUGCUUUACAAUUUUUUUCAAUGCUGUACUACUGUCUCCAGAUUUAAAUUUUAAUGCAGAGUACUUUAUUGGUCUGAGGCACACAGGUAAGAAGAAAUAUCAACAUUAAAUGUAUGACUUUUUUGGUACAAAAAUUAAAAAAAAAAAAAAAAAGGAAACUACCUUGGCAUUGUGUAUUAAAUGUUUACCUAAGACUGUAAUCUCAAGUAUAAUGUUUGUUGAAAAUAUACCUCUCAAAAUUUAUCACCACUAAAUGAUACUGCAUCAAAAUUGACUAUAAAACUAAUUCAAGAAAUGUUUAUAUAUAUUUUUAGUAUACAAAAAAUAUUUAGCCUGAUGGAACAUCUUUCCUUUUCAAACAUUAUUUUCUAAGUUUCUAUACCAAUGGAAUCCUUACCUCUGCAUUUUAAUGAGCCUUGCCAUAAUUAUUGUAGAGUGGCUUCUCAAAGAUAUUUUGUUGCACUAAAACUGUGGUAGUAAACUCAGUGAACAUGAUGUGUGGAAGAGCAUAAUUCGCUGGUCAAUAUUUUUGUUCAACAUACAUACAAGAGUAAUAAUAAAAUACAUGCCUUUUAAACAUAAUUAUUAUAGUUUUUUCAUCUCUGGAAAAUAAUUUCUUAUAUUGUCAUGUGAACAUUAGCGGUAGCCUUAUUUUAAUGCUUAAUGUCCUAAAUAUACGAGUGAUAAUUAAAAGAUGGUACACAGCUAAAUACAGUACAAAGAGGACAUUUCAUUAUACUGGAGUACUAGUUUUAGAAAUGAGACAGUUCAGCAAAGAAUCUAUAGAAAUAAUUUUCUAGACUAUCUUGUUUUAGUCAUUUAAUGUUGGUGUUGUUUAAACGGGUAAAUAUGCAGAAAAAAAUUUAGAAUAAUCUUGAAAACUUGGGAUUUACCUAGAGAAAUCUGAAGUAUAGAACCAGUUUAACACUUUCUGAUGGAUGUUAGCAAUUCAUCUCCGUUUCUUCCUAAAUGUAUGUAUGUAUUUCAAGAUUUUUUUUUCCAAUUAAAACUGGAAACAUA